ACUCUGGUAUACACACCAGGCAAAAGAGGGUUUGCUUUUCCGUCUCUCUGCUUGUACCCCUCUGCUGUUCUCAUCCUGGUCCCCCAAAGCAGGAAAGAUCCAGAAGUACCAAAAACUACAUACACAGAGGAAAAAGGAACAUCAUAAUGAAGGAACUUCAUUUUCCAAGUCAUGAGAUAUGCCAAUAGCCCUUUCAGACAUCAAACAAGUACAGAAGAACAUCUUAAAUAAAAGAGAAACACAAAGAAUUUUAUCAUGGAUGAUAAGUCUGAGGGAAAAAGGAAGCAGCAGCAUAGCUUGAAUUUACUGGAUCAAAUAAAAAGCAUGAAAGAUUUAACGGAAAUGAUUGAUGUAGUUUUGGUGGCUGAAAGUGAAAAGUUUCCUUGCCACAAAUUGAUGCUGUCUGCUUUCAGCCCCUACUUCAAAGCUAUGUUUACCUGUGGCUUGACUGAAUGCACACAGAAAGAGGUGGCACUCCAUGACAUAUCAGCAGAAAGUGUGUCCAUAAUUCUGCAUUACAUGUACACUGCUGAGCUGUACAUCACUAAUUCCAAUGUACAGAGUGUGGCCAUCACCGCAUAUUUCAUGCAGAUGGAUGAUGUUUUUAGUAUGUGCCAGACAUAUAUGAUGGACCACAUGGAUGCUUCCAACUGUGUAGGGAUUUAUUACUUUGCAAAGCACAUUGGGGCUGAAGAAUUGUCUGAUCAAGCCAGAAAGUAUUUGUAUCUGCACUUCGCAGAGGUGAGCGUGCACGAAGAAAUAUUAGAGAUUGAAGUGCAACAAUUGUUAAAUCUGAUAAGAUCAGAUGACCUGAAUGUGUCCAGAGAAGAGAGUAUAUUGGAUUUAGUCCUCAGGUGGGUUAACCACAGCAGGAAAUCGCGUGCAGAUCACCUCACUGAGCUCCUGAAACAAGUAAGGCUAGUGCUGGUAAGCCCUUCAUUCCUAGUGGAAGCUCAGAAAAGAAACACGGUGCUUCUGAGUAAUGCACAGUGUAGUGACAUGAUUAAGGGAGCAUUAGAAACUAUCAAGAAAUCCAACCAGCCUUCUCUCAGCCUCCGUUAUGGCAUGGAGACCACUAGUCUUCUGCUUUGUAUUGGCAAUAACUCACAUGGCAUCAGAUCAAGAUAUGGUAACUAUGCUGAGGCCAGUUUCUGUUAUGCUCCUGCAACACGAAAGACAUACUUCAUUUCCUCUCCGAAAUAUGGAGAAGGCCUGGGAUGCGUAUGCACUGGUGUGGUUAAUCAGAACAAUGAUGUCAUUGUGGCUGGGGAGGCAAGUGCUGCCAAACUGUCUAGACAAAAGACCAGGAAUAUUGAAAUUUAUAGGUACAACACCCGGGGCAAUCAGUCUUGGCAAUGCCUGUGUACUGCCCAGUUUCGUGAGCUCUAUGCUGUAGGCACCAUCCAUAAUGACCUAUACAUCACAGGAGGUCAAAUGAAAUUAAAAAACCAAUACCACAUCACAAACUGUGUGGAGAAGUACUCCAUGGAGCAAGAUAACUGGAGGACUGUGGCUCCUCUCCCAGUGCCAUUAGCCUGCCAUGCUGUGGUAACAGUGAAAAACAGGCUGUACGUAAUAGGAGGUUGGACACCACAGCUGGAUCUUCCUGACGAUGAGCCUGAUCGAUUAAGCAACAGAACAUUGCGGUAUGACCCAGGCCAAGACAAAUGGACCGAGUGCACACCAAUGAAGUACUCGAAAUACCGCUUCAGCACAGCUGUAGCCAACAAUGAGAUUUAUGUCUUGGGUGGGAUUGGCUGCCUUGGUCGAGACAGAGGACAGGCACGGCAAUGUCUCGAUGCAGUGGAGAUCUAUAACCCCGAUGGGAAUUUUUGGAGAGAUGGACCUCCCAUGCUGUAUCCUCUUCUCUCCUUGAGAACUAACUCUACCUGUGCUGGUGCAGUGGAAGGGAAGCUCUAUGUCUGUGGGGGAUUUCGUGGAGGAGCUCGGCAUGAAGUUAUCACCAAAGAGAUCUUAGAACUGGACACCUGGGAAAAUCAGUGGAAUGUUGUGGCUGUCAAUGUCCUCAUGCAUGACACCUAUGAUGUCUGUCUUGUUGCUCAAUUGAACCCACGGGAUCUCAUCCCUCCCCCUCCUGAUUUAGUGGAGCAGUAAACAUGUAGGUUUCCCUAGCAGUUUAGAUGUGGAGCUUCGAAUUUCAUAUAACUGGUGAGCAAUACCCUGAGAGAUGUCUUCCCUUUCCCUUUAGUUUUUGUAUUAAUUUAUCCUGGGUGCCAAACUGAGCUUCACUUAGUUAGCAACAUGGAAUGCCAGGACAACUGUUAGUUAAAUCACCUGGAGCAAAUUGGAGCAUUAGCACGUACUUAAAAGAGUUAAGAAACAUUUGCCGCAUUCAGAAUUAUUCAUUCUGUACUGACAUAAAUACUGUGAAACUAUUUGUUUGUAAGCAAAGGGCCAAAGGAAAGGCAAAAGAUGGCCUUAGGCUGCAAUCCAAUACACACUUACCUGGGAGUGAGUCCAUUGAACCAAAUGGAGUUUACUUCUGAGUAGACAUGUAUUGGAUUGCAGCCUAGGCUGCAAUCCUGCACCCAUUUACCUGGGAGGAAGCCCCACUGAAGUAAGCGGGGACUUACUUCUGAAGAAACAUACAUAGGAUUGUGCUGAGCCUCAUGAAUAUGUGGAAUUGACUCAAACGUCAGAUUGUAUUGGCCCUGUUUUGAUAGUGGAGUUUGCAGAUAAGAAAACUUCUUUCUUGUAGUCCUGUGUACAACUAAAACAGUUCAGAUCUUGAAUCUCAGCUAGAUCAGAUAUAACAUUACCCUAAGCUUACCUAGAGAUACCAAGGAUUGAAGCUGGGACCUUUUGCACACAAAGCAUAUGCUCACCUACUCAAUUACAGUCCUUCUCCCUAUUGGUCUUCUGCUGCCAACAGUCAGGUAUUUUGUUAGCUGAGUCAAUAAUUUAUUAGUGGUUGGUUGUUGAUCCCAGGCUUUUAUGCCCUAUUUUCCACUGACUGUGUUUUGCUUAGCCUCCUAGUGAGUCAAAACCUACAAUAAUGAUCUUUUUGGCCUUCUUACCAAACCAGUCGUUUGAGACUCCCUGAACUUUCCAUCCAAGUUGGUCUUCUUGAUUCUUUCUCCAGCUCUUCUGUCCUCACUUUGACACCGCAGCAUUAAGGGAAGCAAUCUCUGCUGCUGCCACCAGUAGCAUUACCAUCACUUACUGAUCACCUUGGGUGAUUUGCAUUGUGGUGGAGAAAGGGAAAAUGGAGAGCUGCAAGGACAGAUAUAGCAUCAGUAGUGGCCAUGGAGGGCUUAGGAGUGAGAAAGAGUGAAAGAGGAAUAGGGUGAAAAAGGAAGAGGGCCAUAGAUGUGAGAGUCCGGAAGCAGUUGUCUAAAUGUCUUUUUGGUAGUCACCCACUUGGUAGGUGUCAUGUGUAGCCAGCCAUAUUUACAAUUGCUCUUGCAAGAGCUUGAAGUGGAGAAACAGAGAAGAAAAAGACAUAUUUCCUGCUCUGUUUGUGACUCAUCAACUUAACCUUGAAAUAGCAACAAACGUUUAAUAAAACACACACAAAGACGGCAGGAACUUCACAAGAAUUUGAUUGAUACAGAACACCGCACUUGGCUUGAAUCAGCAUGUGCAUGUGCUUAAUAGAAAGAAUGAAUCUAGGAAAGAAGUGAAGCUGUGAUCCUCAUCAUGACUCAACCUUUUUUUCCCUGUGUGCUUUGUAGGUAGGAUGUAUUUGAUAGUCAAAACACUUACAUUUGAAUGUAUCGUUGCUAUGCUGUCAACACUAGAAGGUUUUGCCAUAUUGGGUUGCCUCCAACUAAAUCUUACUCAGAGUAGACCCACUGAAAUUAAUGACUAAGUUAGUUAUGUCUAUUAACCUCAGUGGGUCUACUCUGAGUAGGACCAGCAUUGACUGCAACCCAUAGUCUGCGGUAAAGUGUAUGCUGCUUCUAGAGAUUAUGCUGAGUCUUGAUUCUGUUUCAGGCAAAAGGCACCUGGCCAUUGGGAGGCAUGCAAGUACACCAACAUAAAGUAUAUAUACUUUGUGGAAGUGUCCAAGUGAUCAACAGUAUUAAACUUUCUCAUCUCUUAAACUUUCAUCUAUAUCCUCCUAAGGUUUGACGCUAUAUUUGUCCAAUAAAAGCUACUAUAUUUUUACCUAGGUUGCCUCCAGAUUGUCAGUAUUUUGCAGGAGGGAAUCAAGCACAUAACACAAUUUAGGUUUGCACAAUUAAAUUGGAUUAAAAGGCUCUGUCUCAUGGACAUCCAACGAAGUUGAAUGAUAGAAAAUUCAGGAGAGACAAAAGGAAGUACUACUUCACACAGUGCAUAGUUAGUUAAAUUACAGAAUCUGCUCCCACAAGAGGCAGUGACAGUGACUACUAGCCGUGAAGGCUGUGCUUUGUCUCCAUGAUCAGAGUUAUGCUUCUCAACACCAGUUGCUAGAAACCGCAGGUGGAGAAAGUGUUGUGGUGCCCAGCUCCUGCUUGCAGGCUUCCCACAGGCAUCUGGUUGGCCAUUGUAAAAAUGAGAUGCUGUACUAGAUUGAUUGACUGAUCGAUUGAUUUCCCACCCUUCCUCUCAGCAGGAGCCCAGGGCAGCAAUGGCCAAUGGGCCAAUGGCCUGAUAAAACAGGCUCAUCUUAUGUUUUUAUGUUACCCUAGUGCAACGAAUCCACUUUUUAAAAAAAAUUAGGUUAGGAAAGUGAUGGAGAAAUGCACUGAAAAGUGUGAUAUGUACAAAUGAUUAAUGGGAAGAUAUAACACCUUGUAAGUCAGUGUGGCUAAAACCCCAUAGUUGUAUAACCAUCCUACAAACAUAUCCCACAAAUAUAUCAGAAUGAAAUCUCAGUAAAGACCAAGCAUAGUCUAACUUCCACAUAAGCUUUGUGCAAGCAAAUCAGGAUGAAUGCUCAGUAAAAAGGUCAUCUGGAGACUGGAUGAGCUCCUUAUGUUUUACAUGCCUCCCCCUCUCUCUCUUUUUUAAAAGCUCUCUUUUCAUUUAGAAAUCAAAGGGGCAACAGAGCUAAGCUUUAGCAAAAUAAAGAAAACAAAGGAAAAA